AAGCGCCACGGCCUCUUUCUGCCCGCGCCGGCCUGAAGGGACGGACGGGACCGGGCCGAGGCCUCCGCGCAUCCGCCGCCAUCCCGCCGCUCCCGCCGGGCUCCGCCGCCGCCAUCCGCCGCCAUGACGGAGCAGAUGACCCUGCGCGGCACCCUGAAGGGCCACAACGGCUGGGUGACGCAGAUCGCCACCACGCCGCAGUUCCCCGACAUGAUCCUGUCGGCCUCGCGCGACAAGACCAUCAUCAUGUGGAAGCUGACCCGUGACGAGACCAACUACGGCAUCCCGCAGCGGGCGCUGCGCGGGCACUCGCACUUCGUCAGCGACGUGGUCAUCUCCUCCGACGGGCAGUUCGCCCUGUCCGGCUCCUGGGACGGCACGCUGCGCCUCUGGGACCUCACCACGGGCACCACCACGCGGCGCUUCGUGGGGCACACCAAGGACGUGCUGAGCGUGGCCUUCUCCUCCGACAACCGCCAGAUCGUCUCGGGCUCCCGGGACAAAACCAUCAAGCUCUGGAACACGCUGGGGGUCUGCAAGUACACCGUGCAGGACGAGAGCCACUCGGAGUGGGUGUCGUGCGUGCGCUUCUCCCCCAACAGCAGCAACCCCAUCAUCGUCUCCUGCGGCUGGGACAAGCUGGUCAAGGUGUGGAACCUGGCCAACUGCAAGCUGAAGACGAACCACAUCGGGCACACGGGCUACCUGAACACUGUCACCGUGUCCCCCGACGGCUCCCUGUGCGCCUCCGGCGGCAAGGACGGGCAGGCCAUGCUGUGGGACCUGAACGAGGGCAAGCACCUGUACACGCUGGACGGGGGGGACGUGAUCAACGCGCUCUGCUUCAGCCCCAACCGCUACUGGCUGUGCGCCGCCACCGGGCCCAGCAUCAAAAUAUGGGACCUGGAAGGGAAGAUCAUCGUGGACGAGCUGAAGCAGGAGGUGAUCAGCACCAGCAGCAAAGCGGAGCCGCCCCAGUGCACCUCGCUGGCCUGGUCAGCAGAUGGGCAGACUCUCUUCGCCGGCUACACGGACAACCUGGUGCGGGUGUGGCAGGUGACCAUCGGCACCCGCUGAGCCCCGCCCCCGCGCGGGUCUCCCCAAAAGUCAAUAAAAACAAUAAAAACCAACCAAAAACAACCAAAA